AUGUUGACAUCUCAUAAAGCUACUGUAGAGAUGCUCACAUUGUCGAAUGCCAAAUUCCUUGAAGAAACAAUGAAGCUUACCAAGUUGCAAAAUCACUUGGCUGCUAAAACCAAAACUAUAGACUCACUUGUAGAGCAGACGCAGAGAACAAAGGUCCUCACUGAGAAGGUGAAGAAUGUUACCCAGAAUAUUUCCAAACUUGGAGACAAAAGAUCUCUAGUUAAAGGAUGCAUUUCCGAAAUCAAUACACGUUUGUUGCAAAUCAUCGAAACUCGUGAUUCUUUCUUCAAUGGUGUUUUUGGAAGCAGGGCUUUUGCGAAACAAGGGAGAUAUGAGGAAGAAAAGUUAAAGAAUGAGACUGAUCGGAAGCAUAAUGAAGCUUCGGGUUCAGGAAAAGAUAAAGGGAAAGGUAUUUCUGAAAAAGAAAAUGAUCAAAAUCCGUUAAUAUCUAAGUCGAAAAGGAUUGAUAUGAAGAAAAGAGACAAAGAGCUUGACGAAGUCAACGCUCUUCGAAAGAAAUUCGAGGCAGAAGAAACGGAAGCUAAGAAUGUGAAUCUAAUUCUUGAAACUUAG